UCUCGGUUCUAUCAAUUGGACAUGGUAAGCGUUACAUAAAUUCGCGAAAGAGGGAGCUCUUGUGUCUGUCUGUCUCUACAGACAUGGAGACACAGUCUUCACUGGAGUUUCAGGACUUACGCACUUUUGAGAGUUUUAAGGGUUUCUGGCACUAUUAUGGUUACGGCGUUGAUCAACAAGAUCUGAUCGAUCGGGAAUUUAAACGGAUUAAAGGUGUUACAUACCUUGAUCAUGCAGGGACAACGCUAUUUCCUGAAUCUCAGAUUAAAGGAUUUUAUGAUGAUAUAUCUAGGAAUGUUUAUGGCAAUCCUCACAGUCAUAAUCCCAGCAGUAGACUAACACAUGACACUGUGGAAAGUGUCAGAUACAGGAUACUGGGACACUUUAAUACAUGUCCUGAAGAGUACUCAGUGAUUUUCACAUCAGGAUGUACUGCAGCACUGAAAUUAGUGGCUGACACUUUCCCCUGGAAGGCCGCAUCAAAUGAGGGGCCAGGAAGUCAGUUCUGCUAUCUCACUGACAACCACACCUCUGUGGUGGGCAUUCGCGGUGUGACCGCACUCCAGGGAGUUGGCACAGUUUCUGUUCUACCUCACGAAGUGGAGAGAAGAGUGAGAAAACCCCCGACACAGACAAAUGGAGAGGAGAGCUCUGCACCUCAUCUUUUCUGUUAUCCUGCCCAGAGUAACUUCUCAGGCAGAAAGUAUCCUCUGAGCUAUGUGAAGGGAAUUCAGUCUCAGCAGCUCUAUCCAGCAUGCGAGCACCGCGGUCGAUGGUUUGUUCUCCUGGACGCUGCCGGUUUUGUAAGCUGCUCACCUCUGGAUCUAAGCCAAUAUCCCGCUGAUUUUGUGCCAAUAUCUUUCUACAAAAUGUUCGGCUUCCCGACUGGACUCGGAGCCUUGCUGGUGAGGAAUGAGGCUGCUGAGGUCUUGAGAAAAACGUACUUUGGAGGAGGGACAGCAGCGGCGUAUCUUGUGGCAGAGAACUAUUUUGUACCAAAGCCAAAUGUAGUCAGCAGGUUUGAGGAUGGCACAGUCUCCUUCCUUGACAUAAUUUCUCUCCAUCAUGGCUUUGAAACACUUCAAAAACUUACAGGCAGUAUGCUGAACAUUCAGCUUCACACAUUUGGAUUAGCUCGCUACACCUACAUUGUCCUCUCGUGUCUGCGUCAUAGCAAUGGAAAACCUGUGGCACAGAUCCACUGUGAUAAUGACUUCCAGAAUAUUGCCGAACAGGGUGCAAUCCUCAACUUUAACCUGCUGGACUGUCAUGGACGAACAGUAGGGUAUUCUCAGGUGGACAAAAUGGCCAGUCUCUUCAAUAUUCAUAUUCGCACAGGCUGUUUCUGCAACACAGGAGCCUGCCAACAUUAUCUGGCUAUCAGCAACCAAAACGUGAAGAGUAAUUUGCAUGCCGGUCACAUCUGUGGAGACAACAUUGAUCUGAUUGAGGGACGUCCCACGGGAUCCAUCCGUGUGUCUUUUGGAUACAUGUCAAGUUUUGAGGACUGUCAGAACUUUCUUCGGUUUGUUGUGAACUGUUUUGUGGACAAACCUCUCAUUUUGGACCAAAAGAGACUAACCAAGCUCAAAUCAGCUGAACCGAUGGAGUCAGCAGCAUCUUAUGACCUAGCAUCAAUACCAAAUGGCCAACUAGGGCAUCAGAAUGGGCAAACUAUCUCUCCUUCACCUGAGAGAAUAGCACCAUCUGAAGACACUGUGUCAAAAGAAGAAAAGAACAAUGGCAGUAGCCAUACACUAACCAAUCUCUUCAUCUAUCCUGUCAAAUCAUGCGCAUCAGUUGAGGUGACAGAGUGGCCACUGGGACCCCAGGGCUUGUUGUAUGACCGUUUGUGGAUGGUUGUGAAUGAGAAUGGAGUUUGUCUGAGCCAGAAAAGAGAGCCAAAGCUGUGUCUCAUCCGUCCUAUCAUCUGUCUGGCCUCUAACACACUGCAGCUGCAGGUCUCGGGCAUGGAGCCAGUCACUGUUUCCUUGGAGACCAGUCUAGUGAAUUCAGAUCUAAGAACAUCCCAGAGCAAAGUUUGCGGUGACAGGUAUGAAGAUAAAAUACAAAUAGACAAUGUUAAAAUAAACUUUAAUAAUAUUCUUGUGAGACCAAAUGAUCAUAGCUGUGCUAUCCACAUUCAUUAUAUAGCUCUGCUCUUGCACUCUAUGUCAAUUAUUUCAUUUGUUUCUAUACGUCCCUAUAAUGAGAAGCAAUUUACCUUAGUGAUGUCUUCCUGUCCAGCUGAGAAUUUUGGUCCCACUGCUCUCUCUCUGGUGAAUGAGGCUCAGUUUCUGCUUAUUAACAGAGCUAGCGUGUCUUUUCUGCAAGAACACAUUGCCAACAGACACGAUAGUGAGAAUGAGGGAACAUGGCAUGACAUGGAGCAGCUCAUUCAGCGUUUCAGGGCAAAUCUGGUCAUCUCAGGACAGGAGGCGUUUGCAGAAGACGACUGGACUCACUUGACAGUAGGAGACACACCGUUUCAGGUGAUUGGGAGAUGUGGCCGCUGUCAGAUGAUUGGAGUUGAUCAAAAAUCAGCCGCUAGAACCCAGGAACCCCUUCGGUCUCUUUCUGAAUGCAGAAGUGGAAAGGUGACUUUUGGUGUUUACUUGGCUCACCAGUCAUCAAGGAACACCACUGCUGUCGCCGUCUUAUCCGUAGGGGCCCGUGUUAUUCCACGAAUAUCAGAAUCUACUGAUAAACCUUAGAAUUGUUUUGUAAUUUUAGUCUGAUUUUUAAACUUAACAGUCACAUUUCAUUUAAAUGAAUGUAUUUUAUGUGAUAUAUUUGUACUUAUAAUAUGUAAGGAAGUACACAUUUUCUUCUACAGAAUAUUUCCUCAAUAUAAUUAUCAUGCAAUCUCCUUGCAGAGGAUGUAGCAAUGAUUGGAUAUUUAGAAUAGGCCUGAAAAGGAUGUGGUCUGUCAAAUUUUGGUAAUUAUUUUAACUAAUUAAUCAGCACUAUAGGAUACAUGUAGGAAGUAUAACAUCGUGAAAGUAUGUUUAGUCUGAGUUAAACCAAGAGUGUAAUCAGUCUUACAUCACAGGCUCUAAAAGUGAAUUGAUGUGCUAUUGUGAUGAAAUAACAAUGGCACAUAGUCAAAGAAAUACUGGGCUCAUAUUGAGAAAAUGUUCUCAGCCUCUAAUAACUUGGUUUAAUCAUUCUGUUGAUAAAUGGUGCAAUACGGUCAAAGUCUGGGAUGCCAUAUUCUGUGAUCCGUUCAGGUUAGGCACCUUCUUCUAGAUGUAAGUAAAACAAGAAUGACUAUACUAAAAAAAAAAAAAAAAAAAAAAAAAAGGAUGGCUGGGAAAAAAAGUGUUAUUGUUAGUAAUGAUCAAGACCAUCAGACCAUCAAAUUACAAUAAAUUAAUAUCAAACAUCAGAAAUGUAAGUUUUAUCAAUUAGGAACAACGUUCAGAAGCAUUGGCUAUCUAUAAAAUUGACUUUUAUAAAAUUAACAAAACCAAAAGUAUUACAAGAUGGCAUUAAAAUUGCACUCAACAUAUUACAGGUGCUUAGACACAAAAUUAAAAAUAGAUAGAAAAGUAUGUAUGUGUGUAUAAUAUACUUAUAAACACAAAACCACCAUAUCAAGGAGUACAAAAUAUUAUAAUAAAUAAUUAUCAACUAAAUACAACAAAAUUCCAGAUUUUUUUAUUCUUAUUUUUUGCACCAAAUAAUACUUAAAGAUUUCAGACGGGAGUGACUUAACCCUCAUCCGU